AUGUGUGUUUUCCAGAAUACUUUUUUCCAAAGGAACAGUGCUUUGACCGCUGAAGCUCUGUCUGGCUGUGCUUCACAGAGUGGAUACUGGCUGAGCAGCUCUGGACUGCAACACCAGCACCACCACAUGCCCCUACAGAAUCGAAACCUCACUGAUGUGUCCAUAUUAUGCAAAUACAUCCAUCUUCGCAAACUGGAACUUCAAAACAACAAAAUAAAAGACUUAUCUUGUGUGAGCCAUAUGCCCUCACUCGCCAUCUUGGAUGCAUCCCACAAUGAGAUCUCUGAGUUCUUUGGAUUCCAGGCUCUUAAGAACCUGAAGGAGGUUGACUUCUCCUACAACCGCAUGGCAAAGAUGAGGGAUCUAUCAGACUUUUUGUCUCUGUCUAAACUCAAUUUGAACAAUAAUAACUUUAGUGAGAUUUGUGGAUUGGAGUCGUGUUAUAAACUUACCCAGCUGAGUCUGGCCAACAACAAGAUCUCCAAGAUCAGCUCCCUGGACAGCGCACCUUUGAUCCAUCUCAACCUGAAGGGGAACAAGUUGACGAAGGUUGAAGGACUUGAAAACCAGAGGUGUCUUCGGGAGCUGGAUUUGUCCCACAAUCAGAUUUCAAGUCUGUUCGGCCUGCAGCACCUCCAUGUGCUCUGCCUCCUCAACAUGAAUAAAAACAUGGUGUCUGCUGUGAACCUGUACGAGCCUCCUCUGGAAGUGCUGGCUGCCAGGGACCACAUGAUACAGCUGCUUUAUCAGAUGAUGCAGCCUCAGCUCCUCAGCCAAAGUACUUUGCCUGGUGUGGACAACCCAUACCCGAUGCUGGUGCUGACUGGGCCCCAGUGCUGCGGCAAGAGGGAGAUGGCUCACAGACUGUGCCAGGAGCUCAGCGAAUACUUCGGCUAUGGAAUCUCCCACACCAGUAGAAGUGCUUACUUUGGAGAAGAGGAUGGUGUCGACUACCAUUUUGUCUCUGAGGAAAACUUUGAGAACAUGAUCCUCAUGGGUAAGUUUAUACAGACGGUGACAUAUGCAGGUCACCGGUAUGGCCUCACCAGAGAUGCAGUGGAGGAGGUGGCCAGGGAAGGUCUGGCCUGCUGUGUCCACAUGGAGCUGGAGGGUGUCUUCAGUCUGAAAGAAACUCACUUUGAGCCACGAUACAUCCUUGUGAUACCAACCCAAGUAGACAAGUACAUCGGCCACCUGAAGAAACGGAACCUUUACUCCCCAGAGGAAAUUGACCUGGCUGUGUCUCGCAUAGAGACGUACGCUAACAUCAACAGAGUGCAGCCCGGAUUCUUUGAUAAUGUCAUUGCAUCUGAUGACUGGGAGGAGGCCUACCACACACUGACGCAGGUGGUGAACGGAUAUUUGGUCGUGGAAGAACCGGGAACAGAGGAAACCACUCAACAGACAGAUGUGGACCCGGAACAGCCUUCUGAAGAGAUGGUGCAGGGGUCACAUUCUGCUUCGCAUCUGGCUCUGGACCCAAAGCUCCUCUCCUACCGGCACUACUACAGCCAGAUCCAGUUCGCACUCAACCCCCGAAAGACCCCUGCCGAGCUGAAGUCUUCAAAGAGACGAGAGCGGUUGGUGAGAGAGGCCAUCACUGGGAGGAGUCCCGCCAUCUACAGCAACCACUACAGAAGCUCUACGGAGACAGGCGCAUCAUCCCAGCAGACUCGCAUGCACUUAAGUGGGGAAAACAGCUCUGACGACUCUUGUGCCAGCUCAGUCCUGUCUGUGUCCAGUUCAGCCGCAGUCCUGUCUGCUCCAGAGCCACUUGACGGUUCUGCUCAGGGACCCGCCUUGCAAACAAGCAAAGAGCCGUCAUCCAGCCCUGAAGCCACACACCCUGGUGAGAGACGCCCUGGCUCCAACAUCAAGACCAUCCUACCUCCCAUCCCGCCCGGGCGCAGGACCCCCCUGACUCCUUCACCCGACCACAGGGACGCAGAGAUUGAUGACAGCAGGGAGGGGCAGCUUAGCACCUAA